UCAAAUCUUUUAAAUUUCUCUGUUUUAUUAUAUAAAAUGACAAAAAUGUCACUUUUAACAGUAUUGUUAGUUUUGUAUAAUAUGCCAAAGUUUUCAUAUGGUGGGGCAUUGGCCCCUGCAUUAUAUGUUUUUGGGGAUUCUUUGGUUGAUAGUGGGAACAAUAAUUAUUUGACAACCAUUGCUAGGGCAAAUUAUUUUCCUUAUGGUGUCAAUUUUGCCCAAGGACCUGCAGGAAGAUUCACCAAUGGCAGAACUAUUGCUGAUUUUUUUGCUGAAUACCUGGGGCUGCCAUACCCGCCACCAUGCGUUAAUUUAAAGACUUCAAUCCUCACACCAACAACUGGUAUUAAUUAUGCAUCUGGCUCAUGUGGCAUCCUUUUUGAAACUGGAAAACUUGUUGGAAAUUGCUUGAGUUUGGAUGCCCAAAUUGAAUUGUUUGAAGCAGCAAUUUCACUAAAGCUACAAUACCUCUUCAGAAGCAAAAAUGAGCUAUCAAAAUACUUGGCAGAUUCUAUAUUUCUAUUUUCUGUUGGUAGUAAUGAUUAUAUUAUUAACUACCUUGUCCCCUAUUCUCAAUCAAGUCAAAAUUACAAUCCUCAACAAUUUGCUCAACUUCUCUUGAAUAAACUCUCUGAGAAUCUCCAGAAAAUGUAUAAUUUGGGAGCAAGAAAGAUGAUAGUAUUCGAAUUGGGACCGAUCGGGUGCAUCCCGUACUUCGCAAAGAAAGCGGCUGCCGGAAAAUGCAUGGAAGAAACAAACAAAAUAGUCGGUUUCUUCAACAACAAUCUUGGAAAUAUGCUCAAAAAAUUAGAAGCAAUUCUUCCGGGAGUAAAGUUUGUUCAUGGUCAAUCUUAUUCCCUAUGCUAUGACGCCAAUAUCAACCCUCAAAAAUAUGGUUUGAUCGAUUCAAGUAAUCCAUGUUGCACAACGUGGAGCAAUGGGACGUCUUCAUGCAUUCCGUUGGUAACGCCAUGUCCAGCUCCGAACAAAUUAUACUUUUUUGAUGCUUUCCAUCCGACUGAAUCUGUUUAUUCUCUCAUCGCAUCCCGUUGUAUCAAUGACAAUUCUGCAUGCUCUCCAACAAUUAGUCAGCUUGUAAAACUCUAAUUUCUACAUCUAAUUUCAUAGUCGUAAAUUUAUGAUAUUUAAAAAGGGAUAUAAAGAUGUAUAUAUUUCUUUUCC